CAAAAAUGACCUCAUCACCAUUCGCCUCAACAAACAAGAUGGCGCUUAUUCUUCAAAGUAACUACGAGAAUUAAAGCGUUAUUGUUUAAGCCAGUAGUUGCUGUUUAGAUCGUGGUUGUUAGAAAAUGAAGUCGGACGUGGAGGAGUUAAUGCCAAGGCUGCUGCCGGUGGAUUGUGGAGAAGAUACCGAGGACCGGGUCCUUAAUGGGCCGCCAAGGAACCCCCAAGAAUAUCUCCGACAGGUCCAGCUGGAGGCAUCACUGUGUCCUGAUGUGGUGGUUGCUCAAAUCGACCCUAAGAAACUGACGAAGAAGCAAACAGUUAAUGUGUCUGUAGCAGGGUGCCCUGCUGCUCCUGUAGGCUUCUGCCCCAGCCUCAGUUGGCAACAACACCAAGUCAGCAAUUUUUCGGAUGUCAGGCAGAGCAUCACUAGGAACAGGACACACUGGAGUAAUCACACGCUUGACGACAAUGUACAGAUGCCAAAGCUGACAGAUGAAGAGGGCUGGAAGAGGUUUUGUUUAGGAGAGAAGACUUAUCUGGGUUCUUCAUCGUCCAGCCUCGCAGACGCAGAUCAAGAGCCAGCACUGGACUACAGCAAGGUGGGGUUUCCUCCAUUGCUAAGCAUCAUCAGCAGAUUCAAUCAGUCCACCGUUCUGAUGCUACUGGACAUCCUAAUCAGCUGGUUUGAAGAGAGAAAAUUUGUUCCACAGCUGGGUCGUUGGUUGUACGCUCUUUUGGCCUGCUUGGAGAAGCCCCUGCUGCCUGAAGCCCACUCCUCCAUCCGACAGCUGGCAAGGAGGUGUGCCCAGCUCCGCAGCACAAUGAACAGUCAGGAGGACGAGAACCUGCCUGCUCUCAACCUGCUCAUCUGUCUUGUUGCGAGAUACUUUGAACAGGUUGAUCUUGCAGACCAGCCGGAAUGAGCAGGAAGCUGAACUGUUUAGAGACUGAUAGCAGCAGAUUGUGAAAUAUUUUGCUCUCAAGGCAACACACAGAGGUUAAGAGUUUCGACAUGAAAUCCCUCCAGAGCGCCCACAAGAAAACCGCCAAAACAUAGUUUUUGGGUUAAAAAGAAAACCGGUUACACGCCCAGAUUUGCGGAGCUGAAGAAGUUAUUUGGUGAAGAUUAUGCAAAAUAUUCUUUGUCAGCAUUUAACUGAGUAAAAUAAAUCAUUUGUAAUAUAA